AUGGGGGAGCUCAAUCCGCAAGGCCUUCGAGGGGGACGGGGGUGCUGCUGCCGUUCGCAUAUCCCCACCCACGGCCAGUGUUUACUGCUCGAUGCGCGCGCCUUAGCUGUGCUGCGCGCAUUUACGUCUGACGCCGCCCGUCACGGCGACCUCUGCUUCGUCAAUGCCAGCGCCAGGCGAGGCCAGGGCCCUGUGCUAGCCGCUGCGGCACAGCGGCCAGCAAACAGCCUGCGAACUGGGCAGCCCAGCAGCAAGGCCGGCCUCCACCAGCAUCCACCACCCAGCAUCCAGUGUGCGUUUCCACGGCGCCGUCACGUUGCUGGGCCAGAGGCACGGGCACCGACCGCGGGCAUCUUGCCUGCAACGCCCGCCCACAGUCGCACAUGGCUGCAAUGCUCCGUUAAAGGCGCGGAUGGUGCGUUGGACGGCCGCAACCCCCUCUCGCUCGCUGCCAUGCCGCCCUCCGCGUCCUCACCGCACGACGCGUCGGGCCUCCGCCAGCUUCGUCCACAACAACAAACCCCCCACCUUCUCAAUUCACUCCGCAUCGCUAUCUCGUGCUACUCCGGGCUCGCCAUGCAGGACGACGCGCUUUCCGUCAUUCAGAAGCGGCGCAACGCCCAGCAAGGAAUCGCCGUCAAGCCAGCCCGCGUCUCGCGCCUCCCGUUGGCCCCAGCCUCGAAUCCUUACGGCAGGGAUAGACCUCUGCUCGACACCCCCAUUGGGCCGACGGGAGAUUCACCACUGCCUCACUGGUGCGUGUUUGCCGAUGUUGCAGCGCCUGGCGAAGGCAAGCGUUGUUGCAUGGUGUCGUAGCCGGCCCGUGAACCUCUGGUCUCCAGCUUCUGCUUGCACAGGCCUGCAUAAACCGGCUAAAGCGCUGCUCUAACGGGGCCGUCGCAACCAGCCUUGCGCCGCGAUCGUUCUCAAAGUGAUGGAUCACACUUCUCAGCGUCCCGAACAACGUCAUGGACAAGGCAUCGUCGGAAGACGAUAGAACGUCGGGCCAUCGCGCGCCUCGCCGAGGUUUGCAACCAGUUUUCAGCAGCAUUCAACCUUGGAACACGACGCUGCCGUCUGCCCAAGCGAGCG